CCCAAGGUCUUCAAUUCAUCUCAACCAACCAAAUUUCAAAAUCCUCAAAACACCAACAAUAGUAGUAAUACGGAAGAACACAAGGAAAAGGAAAAGAAGAAGAAUAAAGAGAGAAUGGCAAGGUUGGUGGUGGUGCAGCAAAGACACCCUUUCACUCACCACCCUUCUCUUUCUUCACCCUUUUCUCUCCUCCCUUCUUCUCUCUCUGACUUCAAUGGCAUUAGAUUAAGCAACCCAAUUCAGAAUAGAAGGAAGGUAUGGCAUUCAAAAGGGGCAUUGCAGGUCACAGCAUCAAGUGCCAAAAAGAUUCUAAUCAUGGGGGGCACCAGAUUUAUUGGUGUGUUUCUAUCAAGGCUACUUGUCAAAGAGGGCCAUCAGGUGACCUUGUUUACAAGAGGAAAAGCACCCAUCACUCAGCAACUUCCAGGAGAAUCAGACCAAGAAUACUCUGAAUUCUCUUCCAAGGUCUUGCAUUUGAAAGGAGACAGGAAGGACUUUGAAUUUGUGAAAUCUGCCCUUUCAGCUCAAGGCUUUGAUGUCGUCUACGACAUAAAUGGACGAGAGGCGGUCGAGGUAGAACCUAUAAUAGAUGCCUUGCCAAAGCUAGAGCAGUACAUAUAUUGUUCAUCAGCUGGAGUGUAUCUCAAGUCUGAUCUGCUACCGCAUUUUGAGAUUGAUGCAGUUGACCCAAAGAGCAGGCACAAAGGGAAGCUUGAAACUGAGAGCAUGUUGGAAUCGAAGGGUGUGAAUUGGACUUCGAUAAGGCCGGUCUACAUCUAUGGGCCCUUGAAUUACAACCCUGUAGAGGAGUGGUUCUUCCACCGUUUGAAAGCGGGCCGCCCAAUUCCCAUCCCCAACUCUGGAGUUCAAAUAACUCAACUUGGCCAUGUUAAGGAUUUGGCAAGGGCAUUUAUUCAAGUCCUUUGUAAUGAGAAGGCAAGCAAGCAAGUCUACAACAUCUCUGGAUCUAAGUAUGUCACCUUUGAUGGAUUAGCAAAGGCAUGUGCGAAGGCUGCUGGAUUUCCCGAACCGGAGAUUAUUCACUAUAAUCCCAAGGAGUAUGAUUUUGGUAAAAAGAAGGCAUUUCCAUUCCGUGAUCAGCAUUUUUUCGCAUCGAUCGACAAAGCUAAGAGCGAGCUGGGGUGGACACCCGAAUUCGAUCUGGUCAGCGGUCUUGCGGACUCCUACAACCUGGACUUUGGCAGGGGAACGUACAGGAAGGAGGCAGACUUCACCACAGAUGACAUGAUCCUCAACAAGAAUCUUGUUCUCCAGAACUAGAUCCCUUUGUUUCUGAUCUUUUUUUCUUUUAAGAUCUCUUCCCAUGCGUAGGACCAGACAUCCGAUGGGUGGGCCACAGGAAGCCCAUUGAAAGGCCAUGAUGUAACUAAUUGGGCUGCUUGGGGACAUUGGCUAACCAGCCUUGAGAUUGUAAGAGAGGAUAUCAAAUUGAAUAUAAUCCGUGAAAUUUGUAAAGUUAA